AAAUAAGUGGAUUAGAAGUCGAGAAAAAUGCAAGAGCAUAUCUUCAAAAGUUUAGACAAUCCAUUAGGAGUAAUGCUCCUAAAAUUGAACUAAAAGUUGAAAACAUUUCGCCAGAAUGUGAGUUGCUUCCUGCCCUUCCAGUAGGACUUGAAGAGAAAAGGUUUC